AUGGAGCAGAGCAAGUUUCUGGUUGGCCUGAUCCUGGCUACCCUUCUUCUCCAAGUAAGCUUCUGCAAGAUAAACGUGGAGGAACAUGAGGACAAGGUGAUUUUAACUUGCGGUAACAACAUCACGUGGAUAGAAGGAACAAAGGGGAACCCGAUUUCAGACAAUAAACAUCUGGACUUGGGAAAACGCAUCCUGGAUCCACAAGGAAUGUAUAAAUGUAAUGGGACAGGUGAUGAAGCUGGAAAAGAGUAUUCUGUGGAAGUAUACUAUCGAAUGUGUCAGAAUUGUGUGGAACUGGACUCAGCCACUCUGGCUGGCAUCAUCAUCACUGACCUCAUUGCCACUCUCCUCCUUGCUCUGGGGGUCUACUGCUUUGCUGGACACGAGACUGGAAGGUUCUCUGGAGCUGCUGACACUCAAACUCUGGUGAGGAAUGACCAGCUCUAUCAGCCCCUCAGAGAUCGGGAUGAUGCUCACUUCAGCCAUAUUGGAAGAAACUGGCCUCAGAACAAGUGA